GUAUGUUAUGAUUUGAUAUAUUGUGAUAUAAUACAAUACAAUAUUAUACAACCUCACUUAUUCAUUGACACGACAGCUUCUUUCGGUCUUCAAUUCGUUAUAUCAACAGUCAAUCAAUCAAUCAACCUACCAUCCUGCCAACCUACCAAUUCCAAAACCAUGGAUCUCUCAACUCCCUCUCCGCCAACCACAGAUCCCACCACCCCUCCCCCAACCCCCGAAGAACUCCUCGAAUCCCAAAUGAAAGCCUGGCGCAAAGUUCACCACGAAGCCCUCGUCCUCGAUUCGCGCAUGUCGAUUCCGUACGGCGCACGCCUCCCGCUCUGCACAUCGAUAUCCUUUCUCUGCGGCAUGGCGCUGGGCAUCUCCCACGGGUCGCAAGCUGCAUCGUUACGUUUCCGCGCCGAGAAUGCGCAUCGCUUGCCGACGUCGCCGACGGGCUGGUAUUUGUAUCACAAGAGUAAGAAUUAUAAUACGGGGCUUGGGGGGGUGAAAGAGGGGUUGCGCAUGGGAGGGAGGAUUGCGUUUUGGACGGCCGGGUUGUUGGCGAUUGAGGAUAUGUGUGAUAGGUGGAGGGGGAAGAAGGAUGUGGUUAAUACUGUGGUGGCUAGUUUGAGUGUUGCGGGAGGGUUCAGUUUAUGGAAUCGGUUCCCCAUCAUAACCGCCGCGAGAACCGCCAGAACCGGAUUAGCAUUUGGUAUAGGAUAUGGACUGUUGCAAGAUGCAGUUGGGUAUGCAAGAGGGAGAAGACUAGGAUAUAUAGAUUUCUUAACAGGAGGAACGGCAGGAAGAAGAGGAAAGGAAGAAGAAGAAGGAGAAGAAGACCCGAGCCCGAAAGAUGUUGAAACGACACCAAUAUAAAAAAAAACAUGAUAAUAUCAAAUAACAAAUGGAAAUUAAAUGGCAACGAAAUGGUAAUUAUAUCCACUCCAUUAUUCAGUCCAGACCUUCAUCUCCAUUCCUCUUCCUCCGUUGUCGUUCUCGUUCUCGUCCUCGUCCUCGUUCCUCUCUUCAAUUCUGUUGUCAUGAUUGAGCAGACAAACACAUCCGUCUCCAAUAUAUAGGUAAUAGUUGAAUAUCUCGGCAUCAAUCUUCAAAUAGUUUCUGUUAGUCUGCUCCAUCGAGUCCAUAUCGCCGACAUCAAAGCACCAACAGUUCGGUUUCCAUCGGCUGUAGAAUUCCCACA